AUGGCUGCUUCAGAUUAUGCCUCCGAGUCCAGGGGUGCGGUCGCCAUCGCUGUCAUGGCGACCCUGUCGUCGAUCUCUCUGAUCGUGGUAUCCCUGCGAGUUUACGCCAGGGCCAUCAUGCUGAGAAACUUUGGCGUCGAUGACGCAUGCGCGAUCCUUGCUUGCUUAUUGACGAUCGCUGACGCUUGCAUUAUUGCAACAAACGUUAGAAAUGGCCUUGGCUCUCAUAUAUCUACACUUUCUGGCGAACAGAUCAGCAAUUUCCUAAGGAUGUUCUACUUCUCAACCGUCGUCUACAACGUUGCCCUAGCAGUCAUCAAGACUGUCUUUCUCCUCCAGUACUACCGAGCGAUACCUGUACGCCAGUAUAAGAAGACAUACAUCGCAUCCGUCGUCCUCGUCACCUGCUGGAGUCUUUCCCAGAUCUUUCUCAAUACUUUUAUGUGCUGGCCCAUCGCAUCUUUUUGGGAUGUCACGAUCAAGGGCACCUGUAUUCUCAACAAAUCUUCGUUCUAUGUCGGCGCGGCGGGUAAUAUCUUGACUGAUAUCCUGAUCAUGGUCCUCCCGAUUCCUGUUCUUCGCAGUCUGAAGCUCGGUCGGCGCCAAAAGUGGAUUCUUAUGUCCGUCUUUUGCCUCGGAAUAUUCACGUGUCUUAUCUCACUCGUUCGUAUCAAGUUCCUUAAUAUUGGCACGGAUAUCACAUGGCAUAAUGUCGAAUCAGCAUCUUGGUCAGUCAGCGAGUUGUGCUGCGGUAUCAUCUGCGCUUGCGUUCCAACUCUCCGGCCUCUGUUAUCAGGCCAUGACCGCGGCUCUAGCCAUAACCAGUCAUCGUAUUCACGACAUGAAAACUCGAGGACCGGUGCCACGGCUCGCCAAACAGGUACCUCUCGGAGCCAUGAAAUGCAUGAUCUGCCCAGGACGCUCCAUUCAUCUGAGAUGCGUACCGAUGUCGACCAAAAGCGAAGUCGACCGCAUCCAGGACAUGGCUCAGAAACGCACCGCGUAGUGAUACAAGGAAAUGACGAACAAAGACAUAGUUUGUCCAGCGACUCCGAGGAUCCCUUUUCCAUGCACCAGCCAAAAAGCCAUGGCAUUAUGAUUAGUUGCAAGCUGGAAACUCUCAACCUUCUGGGAGAUAGUAUCGACUACGAAGCCCUUUCCUACGCUUGGGGAAGCUCUGGAGAUCAGGCAACGAUAGCAGUGAAUAACACCACGCUACAAGUCACCCAAAAUCUGAAAGACGCCCUGACGUAUCUAAGACAUGACUCAAAGCCACGUCCCCUCUGGAUCGACGCGAUCUGCAUCAAUCAAUCCGAUGUCGAUGAGCGCAGUUCGCAAGUUCGUCUGAUGGGCCGGAUCUAUUCCUCUGCCUCGUGUGUAAUUUCAUGGCUUGGGCUCGAGGAUGAUCCCAUCGACUACGUUGAACAAAUGAAGAAGGCCAGGGCAUUGAUCGAAUUGGUCAGGUCAUGCUCGACAGACGAACUGUUCGCACUCCUGUUGGACAGCCCAAGCAAAGAGGACCUUGAAGAAGUAUUUGAAGAUGGUCUCUAUUCUCUUCAACUUAUCAUCGGCGAUUGA